AUGUUGAACUUGUCGCAAUUAAGACAACUGCGCAGCAAGUUUCACUGUAUGUCUGCAUACACCCUUUGCAGAUCGUUUAGUUCCCUUUCUACUGACAUGACUUUUCAGCCUUAUACUAUUUGGACACUGUAUAACUAUGACUCUAACCAGAGUUUGGAUUCACAAUCGCAAAAGCUAUCAUUGAUGUUCCAAAGUAUUGCCCUUGCUGUGAUAGCAGAUGGUGCUAAUGCUCGUGUAGAGAUGAAGACUUUCAAUAAUUUAUACGUACAGUUGAAUGAUAAUAAGAUAAAAGAAAUAAUCAAGCAAAUUUUAGAUAUGGAACAAGGUCAAUCAAUAUCUAUUAUCAACAACAUGGAGCUUAGUCAAAAAUUACAAAAAUUAGCUGAUUCCAUGACAACUUGUAUAUCCAACGCCAACAAAAAAGCAAAAGAGAUAUUUUCCAAGUACUUAUCAAAAUGA